ACUCCAAUUGCACAGAGAGGGGACAAGCCAAAACAGUCACAAACUCUUUUCUGAGGACACUGUUUCAUGGGAUAGGAUUAUAUCCCAGCAGAAAACACACAAAGAAAAGACAAGCGAUCAUCAGAGUGAGUGAGCUGAGAUGACAGGGAAAGAGAAUCACAAGUCAGACCCUCAUGUACAGGAGACCUUGGGUAACCAGUUGAUGCUUGCUGUAGCUUCUUCCUGAGGAUGGUACAUCUAACAGCCCCACUGCAGUGAACCAGGCUGAAGUCACUUGCCUGCUCUGCACCCAUCCAGCACUUGAGCUGAGUCAUCUGCCUCACCAGUGCAAUCCUGCCCUACAAAUCUUUGGGCCUUUCAUUGCAGCACUUCAAAGAAUCCUUCAUUAGAGAAUGAGCGUGGCAAAUAAUCUGGAAAUGUAAAGGUAGCAUUGCAGGAAAUCAAAACACAGCCCAUAUGAUAAGAAGGGAUGGCAUGUAUUCCAGGUUAGCUUGUCAGAAAAUUAUUGCCUAUAUCAAAAGUGCCUCUUGGCUUGCAGCAAUAAAGAACCAGUAUAAAAGGCAACCCAGAUCCCAGCUCUCCCGUCCUCUUUUCUUGUCGCCUUCUUGUUGGGAACCAGGUAAGUGUGAAGCCCUCUCUCUAAUUCUUGCAAAGUGAGAUUUUGUCUCAAUAGAAAUGGUAUCAGGUAGUGGAUCUCCAUGCUAUGGGAGACCAUAGAGGGGAUAAUGUCAGUGCAGAGAGCGCGUGGGACACAGCUUACAUGGCUUUAGAUUUAUAUAGCAUGUGAGAGUCUCCCUGGUCCACACUGCUCUUUGUAGGGCCCUGGCACAAUGAAGGGCUGUGACCUCCCGUCACAGCCUCCUCCAUCCUCAGUAGUUGCCAUGGCUCCUUUGUGAGAGGCUAUCCAGGCUGUCUCUCACAUAUCCUUGUUCUCUUCUUCAUUCUAGCCGUCUUUCCCAGUCCCAAGACAUGUCCUGCUACUCCCAGUGUGUGCCAUGCCGGCCCUGUGGCCCGACUCCUCUGGCCAGCAGCUGCAAUGAGCCCUGCGUCAGGCAGUGCCAGAACUCCACCAUCGUCAUCGAGCCCUCUCCCGUGGUGGUGACCCUGCCCGGACCCAUCCUCAGCUCCUUCCCGCAGAACACCGUUGUGGGCUCCUCCACCUCCGCUGCUGUUGGCAGCAUCCUCAGCUCUGAGGGCGUGCCCAUCAUCUCGGGGGGCUUUGACUUGUCCGGCUUGGGCAGCCGCUACUGUGGCAGAAGGUGCCCGCCCUGCUGAAGCCGCUGGCCGUGGUCCGGGAGAAAUUCGUCCAGAAG